AUGACCAGGAAGAAGACAGAAUGGGUCCCCAGGUCUUCUGGUGGCCUUGUGAAUCUCGGCUUCAACAUAGGUGAUGACAUGGUCUCAGGACUUAGCUAUAAAACGUGCACUGUCAAAGAUGACGCCUGGAACCAGCAGGGGAGGAAGCCGGAGGCACCAGGGCUGGCAGAUGCCCCGCCUCAGGGGAAAUAUGAUGCUGCCUUGAGAAACAUGGUUCCCUUCCAUCUGCAGUCAAAGUGUCCUGCCCCUCACCCUAUGGAUGAUUCAGGCCUGUUCUCUUACCUCACACUGGCAUGGCUCACCCCUUUCAUGAUCCGAGGCUUACGGCAUGGCUUGGAUGAGAACACCAUCCCUCCGCUGUCAGUCCAUGAUGCCUCGGCCAAAAAUGCCAAAAGGCUCCACCGCCUUUGGGAAGAAGAAGUCUCCAGGCACGGAAUUGAAAAAGCGUCUGUGCCCCGAGUGAUGCUGAGGUUCCAGAGAACAAGGAUUCUUUUAGACGUACUUCUGGGCUGCUGCUUCGCUGUUAUGAGCGUAAUAGGGCCGAUGCUGAUUGUACCCAAGAUCCUAGAAUACUCUCAAGACAAGUCGGGGAGUGUCGUCCAGAGGGUGGGUUUCUGCUUUGCCCUUUUCCUAACCGAGUGUCUGAAGUCUUUGAGCGUGGGCUCCUGCUGGAUCAUCAACCAGCGCACGGGUGUCCGGUUUCGUACAGCUGUUGGCACGUUUGCCUUUGAGAAGCUAAUGCAGUUUAAGUGUCUGACACACAUCACCUCGGGAGAGGCCAUCAGCUUCUUCACCAACGACAUCAACCAGCUGUUUGAAGGGGUGAACUAUGGCCCCCUGCUAUUUCUUUCCUGUGAAUCUCUGAUCACCUGCACUGUUGCUGCCUAUUAUACCCUUGGACCCACUGCGCUCAUUGCAGCUCUGUGCUAUCUCAUGGUCUUCCCACUGGAGGUGCUCCUGACCCGGCUGAUGGUGCAGGUACAGAAACACACCUCGAAGGUGAGCGACCAGCGCAUCCGUGUCACCAGCGAGGUUCUCACCUUCAUGAAGCUGGUUAAAAUGUAUGCGUGGGAGAAACCAUUUGCAAAAAUAAUUAAAGACCUAAGAAGAAGGGAAAGGAAACUCUUGGAGAAGAGCGGGCUUAUCCAGAGCCUGACCAUCAACAUCUUGCUUGUCUCUCCAACAGUGGCCACCGUGGUCAUGUUUCUCAUCCACAUACACUUAGAAUACAAACUCACAGCGUCCACGGCCUUCAUCACCAUGGCCGCCCUGAACCCCCUGCGGCUGUCAGUGUUCCUUGCGCCCUUCGCAGUCAAAGGCCUCACCAACUCCAAUUCUGCCGCAGAGAGGUUCAAGAAAUUCUUCCUCCAGGAGGUCCCCACAGUCUCCGUCCACACAUUGCAAGACCCCAGCCAAGCCCUGGUUUUGGAGGAGGCCACGCUGUCGUGGCGGCGGCAGACCUGCCCUGGGAUUGUCACUGGGGCCCUGGCGCUGGGGAAGCAGGAACACACUUCCCCGGGGAAGAUCGGAACCCAGCCACAAUUGGGUGCCCUCGGGCCGGAGGACAAAGGGGACAGGCUGGGCCCAGAGUUGCGCAAGAUAAACCUGGUGGUUUCAAAGGGUUCCGUGGUGGGGAUCUGUGGCAGCACAGGGAGUGGCAAGAGCAGCCUGCUGUCAGCCAUCCUGGGGCAGAUGCAUUUGCUCCGGGGCUCCGUGGGGGUGCAGGGAAGCCUGGCCUAUGUCCCGCAGCAGGCUUGGAUCAUCAGCGGCAGUGUCAGGGAAAACAUCCUCAUGGGAGGCCAGUAUGACAAGGCGAGAUACCUGCAGGUGCUCCACUGCUGCUCCCUGAACCGGGACCUGGAAAUCCUGCCCUUCGGGGACCUGACGGAGAUCGGGGAGCGCGGCCUCAACCUCUCCGGGGGGCAGAAGCAGAGGAUCAGCCUGGCACGUGCCGUCUACUCCAACAGUCAGCUCUACCUGCUGGACGACCCCCUGUCGGCCGUGGAUGCCCACGUGGGCAGGCACAUCUUCGAGGAGUGCAUCAGGAAGACACUCAGGGGGAGGACGGUCGUCCUGGUGACCCACCAGCUGCAGUACUUAGAGUUCUGUGACCAGAUCCUUUUGUUAGAAGAUGGGCAAAUCUGUGAAAAUGGAACCCACAGUGAAUUAAUGCAGAAGAAGGGGCGGUACGCUUACCUUGUCCAGCAGAUGCAGGCAGAAGCCACACAGGGCCUGUUGCUGGACACAGCGAAGCCAGCGGAGAAGCUGCAGGCAGAAGGGCAGCCUCAGGCCACGUCCAAGGAAGAGUUUCGCGGUGAAGAUGCAGAUAAUGCGCCGGAGCAUCAGCUCACGAAAAAGGAAGAGAUGGAAAAAGGCUCCCUGAGUUGGCGCGUCUACCACAGCUACAUCCAGGCAGCAGGAGGGUACAUCGUCUUCAUCCCAGUUUUCCUUCUCGUUGCCAUGUCUGUCUUCCUUACGACCUUCAACUUCUGGUGGCUGAGCUAUUGGCUGCAGCAGGGCUCAGGGACCAACAGCAGCCGAGACAGCAACAGCAGCUCUGCAGACCCAGGCGACAUCCUGGACAACCCACAGCUGCCCUUUUACAAACUGGUGUAUGGCCUCAGCGCCUUGCUGCUGAUCUGCGUGGCGGUCUCCUUCUCGCUGGCUUUCACCAAGGUCACCAGGAGGGCGUCCACAGUCUUGCACAACCAGCUUUGCAGCAAGGUCUGGUGUGGCCUCAUGAGUUUCUUUGACACGACCCCUAUCGGCCGGCUCCUGAACUGCUUCUCGAGCGACCUGAAUGAACUGGACCAGUGUCUGCCCAUGGUUGCCGAGGAGUUCCUGAUCCUGUCCUUGCAGUCGGUCAGCUUCCUGUUGGUCGUCAGCGUGCUGUCUGUCUACAUCCUGCUGAUGGCCGCCGCAGUCGUCACGGUGUGCUUCAUUUUUUACACGAAAUUCAAGAGGGCCAUCAAUGUGUUCAAGAGGCUGGAGAACUACAGCCGCUCCCCUUUGUGUUCCCACAUCCUCACCUCCCUGCACGGCCUCAGCUCCAUCCACGUGUAUGGCAGAGUGGAAGACUUCAUCAGCCAGUUUAAAAGGCUGAUGGACGCACAGAAUAACUACCUGCUGCUGUUUCUGUAUUCCACACGCUGGGUGGCUUUGAGGUUGGAGCUCAUGACGAACCUGGUGUCCCUGGCUGUAGCCUUGUUCAUGGUUUUUGACAUUUCUUCCACCUCCUAUUCCUACCGAAUCAUGGCUCUCAGCAUGGUGCUGCAGCUUGCGGCCAACUUCCAGGCCACGACCCGGAUCAGCUCGGAGACAGAGGCGUACUUCACGGCUGCGGAGAGGAUACUGCAGUACCUGAGGCUGUGCACGUCUGAGGCUCCUUUGCACGUGGAAGGCGUGAGAUGUCCCCAUGGGUGGCCACAGCGUGGGGAAAUCACAUUCCAGGAUUAUCACCUGAAAUACCGAGACAACACUCCCAUCGUCCUCAAAGGCAUCAACCUCACCAUUUGCGGCCAAGAAGUGGUGGGCAUCGUGGGAAGGACGGGCUCUGGGAAGUCCUCCCUGGGCACAGCGCUCUUCCGCCUGGCAGAGCCCACGGCUGGCCGGAUCCUCAUCGACGGCGUAGAUGUCUGCAGCCUCGGCCUGCAGGACCUGCGUUCCCAGCUCGCCGUCAUCCCGCAAGACCCGAUCCUGCUCUCCGGAACCAUCAGAUUCAACCUUGACCCCUUUGGCCGCCACACGGAUGAGCAGAUCUGGGCGGUCCUGGAGAGGACGUUCCUGAGCACGACUAUCUCGAAGUUCCCCGAGGGCCUGCAGGCUGCCGUGGUGGAGAACGGUGAGAACUUCUCCGUGGGGGAGAGGCAGCUGCUGUGCAUUGCCCGGGCCCUCCUCUGCAGCUCCAAGAUCAUCUUUAUCGACGAAGCCACUGCCUCCAUUGACGUGGAGACGGACGCCCUGGUCCAGCGCGUCAUCCGGGAGGCCUUCCGCGGCUGCACGGUGCUCAUCGUCGCCCACCGUGUCACCACCAUCCUCAACUGUGACCGCAUCCUGGUCAUGAGCAACGGGAAGGCUGUAGAGUUUGACCGGCCCGAGGUCCUGCAGAAGCAGCCCGGGUCAUUGUUUGCCGCCCUGCUGGCAACAGCCAGUUCUUCGCUGAGCGCGGACAGCUGA